AUGCCAAGGAGGCAUUCCUUGAAGGAGUAUAACAUCUAUGGCUGCUACUGUACCUUUGUCAGCUUGAACAACUGGGUGAAAGACAAGUGCUGCCAGUCUAGUGACAACUGCUAUGCUCAGGUCUAUGACCUGGAAAACUGUACAUUACUCUUAGACAACCCCUACACCACCUCCUUCUCCUGCUCUUGGAAUGAGAUCACCUGCAGCGACAAAAACAAAGCCUGUAAGGACUUCAUCUGCAACUGUGACUGCCAGGCCACCAUCUGCUUCUCCAUAGUUCCAUACAAAAAGCAGUACAAAGACCUUAACCCCAAGAAACUAUGUUAG